AUGUCAGCUGCUGCAGGGGAAUGGUGUUUGAUAGAGAGCGAUCCUGGUGUUUUCACAGAAUUAAUCCAUGGUUUUGGCGCUGAUGGUGUUCAAGUUGAAGAGAUAUUUUCAUUGGAUGACGAUAGGCCAGUGCAUGGACUAAUAUUUUUAUUUAAAUGGCAACAAAUGGAUACAUCUUCAGAUAAUAUUGUGCAAGAUAGUCGACUCAAUGAAAUCUUUUUUGCUAAACAAGUGAUUCAAAAUGCGUGUGCCACUCAAGCAAUUGUCUCUGUUCUUCUCAAUUGUAAACAUCAUGAUUUGAAACUUGGUUCUACACUACAAGAUUUUCGAGACUUUGCAAUAGCCUUUGAUCCACAAAUGCGUGGUUUAACAUUAUCGAAUAGUGAAAAAAUUCGCGAUGUUCAUAACAGUUUUUCACGACAGCAAUUAUUUGAAUUCGAUGUUCAAGAUGAAAAGAAAGAAGAAGAUGCUUUUCAUUUUGUUGCCUAUAUACCGUAUGAUGGACGAUUGUACGAAUUGGAUGGGCUCAAAGAAGGACCAAUUAAUCAUGGUCCAAUUCCAAAAGGUACAGAAUGGACUGAUGUUGCUAGACCAAUUGUUCAACAACGAAUGCAAAGGUACAAUGAAGGUGAAAUUCAUUUUAAUUUGAUGGCAAUCGUCUCCGAUAUAAAACAAAAAUAUCAACGAGAAAUUGAACAAGUUCAAGCUGAUAAAUCACUUGGAGAUGCUGAAGCGAAACAAAAAAUUGAACAUUUUAAUUUGUUAAUCAAAGAAGAAGAACGAAAAAUAAAUUCAUAUAAGAUUGAAAAUUACCGCCGUCGACACAAUUGGCUUCCAUUUAUUGUUGAAUUACUAAAAUCGUAUGCAACGCAAGGAAUAUUAGUACCGGCUGUUGAUAAGGCAAUUGCUAUUAAACAAGCUGAAAAAGAAAAAGAGGAUGCCAUAUUAUCAGCAUUAUCAGUACCGGUCCGACAAAACGGUAGUAAUAAACCGGAAUCAAAUUCAAUCGUUGAAGGCAAUAGCAGUACCUUAGUAGUAUCUCCGAAAAGAUUAGCAGCUAGACCUACUAAAUUAAAUCCAGACGAACAUAAAAAGUUAGAAUUAACAACGCCAUUAACUGACGACAUAACCACCCCGAAGUCGACAGAACCAUGGUUAUUUACCGAUUAUCGUAAUUCAACUACUGGACCAAGUUAUUUGUUUCAAAAUGAUCAGGUGAAUCAGUCUAAUAAUCGUCCUGUAUCUACACGUCAGAAAUAUUAUGGAGUUCCAUCAUCAUUUAAAGAUCAACCUGAUCAAUUUGAUCAAGUACAAGAUCAAAAUGGUGGUGUAAAGACAGCAAAAAUUACUGAUGUUUUACCGGAAAAUGUUGAUCAACAAAGUCGAAUAUUAUAUGAUCGUAUGACAUUAGAGACAUCUGAUGAUGAUUCAUAUGAUUUCAACAACACAUCAACAUAUGAUAAACCAUUGGAUUCAAAGGAUAAACCAUUGGAUUCAACGGAUAAACCAUUGGAUUGA